AUGGAAGACGAAGUGGAAGAAGUGAACUACAAUAAUUUCGAUGAUGAUUUUUAUCAUAAAUCAGUUAGUUUUAUCACUAGAAUCUCAAAAAAUACCCAAUAAUUGCGGUUUUCAGGAAGCUGCUGGAAAUUUUGAAAAUUUCGUCGAUUCCGAUUCAGAUGAGGAUAUCAGUUUUGUGGCCGACGAAGUUUUAAUGCCCAAAGAAAUUGCAAAGCGAAAAAUCGAAUUCGCGCUGAACGAUAUCAACGAACAAAUGAGUUCGGGCCUCAAACGAGUCGUUUUGAGAACGUUGUUAUCAAACAAAUUCUCAAAAACUGAUUUUUUUUGCAGAUCCUACGACAAUUCACACUUCCAGCUCAAAUACAGCUCGAAUUUGAAGUUGAAACUGGAAAGAGACCUAAAUUGUCUGCAUCAAGUGUACGAUUUGCUGGAAAAUGAUAAAAAAUCGACGAAAAGAGAAAUGUAUUACGAGUUCAAAGCGCUUUAUGGCGUUCAGAAGAACAUGGACACGUCGAUCAAGGCGGUUUGUGAGCUGUUGGACGAAAAACGCAGUAAUUUGAAUAUUGUACGGUUUUCCGGGAUUCUUUCUAAUUUUCUGAACAUUGACGUUUUCCAGUUAUCGUGUGGGCGUGGCCUGCUCCGUGGCGCCAUCACCUUCAUCACUGAUAAAUUCGGAAUUAUUGAUGGAAGAGAGCAAACUGUGCUCGUAACAGGUACGCGGAAAUUCGAGAACAAAUUCCAAUUUUUUUGCAGACUCAUUCCUGUCGUCCGACCUGAUUUGCGAGGCGAAAUUCGUGUUGAUAGUGGAAAAGGACACGACGUUCCAGAAGCUUCUCGACGAGAACUUCCAGUCGAUUUUCCCGGACGGAAUUCUGGUGACCGCCCGCGGAUAUCCGGACAUUUCCACACGAAACGUCGUCAAAUUCAUCGCCGAAAAACGACGGAUUCCUGUUUUCGGGCUGUUUGACGCUGACCCACAUGGUAGGGGAUCUUGUAAAAAUUGAAAAAAAUGGUUACAUUGCGUCAGGCCUCGAAAUCUACUUGACAUACAAAUACGGAGCCAUGAAAGAGAAAGCGGAAGGGCGAGGAGCGUUCGUGCCGACUCUUCAGUGGAUUGGGUACUUUUCUCUUCAAAACCUGUUCAAAAUCUAUGGAAAUAACAUUUCGAUUUGAAAUUUUGCUAAUUUUACCCAAAAACGUCCCGAAAAAGUUCCAAUUUUUUGCAGAUUAUACCCAUCCGACUUCCACAAAUUCCCGAUCGAUCCGUCGCAGAUAUUGUCGCUUUCCAAUCAGGAUCACACGAAAAUCCACCGUCUCAUCCCUCGUUCCAUUCAAUUGGGCGAGCAGGAAGUGACGCGCGAGCUCGACUGGAUGCUCCAGAAUCGAUUUAAGCUCGAACUCGAGUCUGUGAAUCUGUGCGGCAGCGAAUUCAUGUCUCGAUUUCUGAUCCGGCCACGCCUUUUGGGGCUGGAGCCGGAAAUUCCGAGAAUUGAGCACAAAAUUGGCGAAUCAGAUGAAGAAGAGAAUAGUGACAUCGAGGACGCCGAACUUAUUUCCGAAUUGAUAGAAGAAAUGAUCGCAAAUGAUAGUAGUCAGGAAUUUUAA